AUGCUAGUCGGCGUAAGGCGCUCGGGCCAACAUGGAAGUGGAAAGCAGUUCGGCGGGCAUAUAGCGCGUCCGCGCGUAGUUGCGGGCAACACCGCUAGGCGGCGCAAGGCGCCCGGGCCAACCUGCAAGUGGAAAGCCGUCCGGCCGGAAUAUAGCGUAAGUCGCUUCAAAAACGUUGGUCAACAAUACGGCGCCGGUCGCCGCACCAUCAUUCAAGACGCCACGGAUAAAAGAUACCGUCACGCUACCCACGGUAGCAGAAAUCGCCCUCCGGCGAAGGACUCGCCCGACGCCACUCCACCGGUGAUCAAGAGAAGGAAGGUGGAGGAGAGCACGCUAAGGACAAGCAGCUCCCGACCAUUAGGCGCCAGAUCGCCAACCGCCUCCGGCGCCCGGCCGCCAUCAUCCGGCGCCAAGUCGCCAGCGUCAUCCGGCGCCCGGCCGCCAUCGACGUUAAGUGCCCGAUCGUCAUCCGCCUCCGGCGCUCGUCCGCCAUCAUCCAGCGCCAAAUCGCCAGCGUCAUCCGGCGCCCGGCCGCCAUCGGCGUUAAGCCCGAAUCACACUAGCGGCUCGCGGCUGCGAUUGCGAUUGCCUCAGACAAUCAGAAAGCACCAAUUGCAAACGCCCGAUCACCAACAGCCUCCGGCGCUCGUCCGCCAUCAUCAGGCGCCCGGUCGCCGUCUUCCACUGGGACCUGCUCCCCGACGAUUGCCGGUACCUGCUCUCCGAUCACGGUCAGUGACGGUCAGUGACGGGUCACUGUCGCCCAUUGGUGCUGAUUCGCCGGAGGUCUCCGGCCUCUGGCCACCAUUCAGUGGCCAUUCCAAGGAGAACGCACGCUCCGGCGCCCAGUCACCCAGCAUUUCCCACGCGGAGAGAAACCAGCGAAGGAAGGACCGGCCUAUCUCCUUGCUACAACUAGAGCGAAUCUUGGCGUCCCCAGCGAAGACGUGGAAACUACCACCGCUGAUUUCGCCCAUCAAAAUCUUGCCAAUAAGGGAACCCCUUAGGAGGAGACAUUGUGGAACUCAGACCAGUCCCGUCCAAGUUUCCUGGUCUGAAGAGAACGGCCGACGCCUCCACCCAGACGAAGAGACGCGGGGGCAAAUACAAGCCCAUGUACAGAAUUAA